AUGCCUCCAAAGGAAACACCAAAGAAAUGGAAGCCUCCAAAGGGCCCAAAACCUAUCCAAAGAAAGAAUAAAAAUACUAUUGGGUUAGGUAGAACCAUUCAGCAAGCCAGACGUAAAGAGAAUGAGGUUCAAUACUUACCCGACGGUGAAGAACGUUUCACUACUGAGAAACAUGAAGCAAAUUGGGUUAAGUUGAGAUCUAUCACCCAAGAAUCAGCUUUGGAUGAGUUUUUGAGUACUGCAGAAUUGGCCGACAAGGACUUUGCCGCAGACAGACAUUCCAAUGUCAAGAUUAUCCGUAUGGACAAUGGUGGUGAUGCAGCUAGAUCACAAGGUUUUACUUUAUCUAAUGAACAGAAGAGUAAAAUCAAUGAGAAACAAAGAUUGCAUGCUAGAGAGUUAAUUGUGCCUAGAAGGCCAAAGUGGAACGAAUCGAUGACUAAGUUUGAGUUAGAAAGAUUAGAAAAGGAAGCGUUUUUGGAAUGGAGGCGUAAACUUGCAUUUUUACAGGAAGAUAAUGAAGAUUUGUUAUUAACGCCUUUCGAAAGAAAUAUCGAAGUCUGGAGACAGUUGUGGAGAGUUGUUGAAAGAUGUGAUUUAGUUGUUCAGAUUGUGGAUGCAAGAGACCCUCUAUUAUUCAGGUCCACGGAUUUGGAGAAAUACGUGAAGGAAGUCGAUGAUAGAAAGCAGAAUUUGCUAUUGAUUAACAAAGCGGACUUGUUGACAAGAAAACAACGUAUCAUCUGGGCUAAAUACUUGCUCUCAAGAAAUAUAUCAUUUACUUUCUUCUCCGCAGCAAAGGCCAACGAGAUAUUGGAAAAGCAAGAAGAAUUGGGUGAAGAUUACGUGGAAGAGAAAGAUGAUGAUGAUGAGUAUAAUGGUUCAGAAGAAGAAAUAACCGAACUUGACGGUGAAAAAGUAGAUAAGGAAAUCUUAGAAAAGAUCAAGAUACUAAAGAUUGAACAAUUAGAAUCACUUUUCCUAGAAAAAGCUCCUAGUAAUCCUCUUCUACCCCCACUACCUGGUCAGGAAUCUCUAUUACAAAUUGGUUUGGUUGGUUAUCCAAAUGUGGGUAAGUCUUCCACUAUCAAUGCCUUGGUUGGUGCCAAAAAGGUUUCCGUGUCAUCAACCCCAGGUAAGACUAAACAUUUCCAAACUAUAAAGCUUUCCAAUAGGGUAGUUCUAUGUGACUGUCCCGGUUUAGUCUUCCCCAACUUUGCAUACAACAAGGGAGAGUUGGUUUGUAAUGGUGUUUUGCCAAUUGAUCAACUCCGUGAUUACAUUGGACCAUCUACUUUGGUGGCAGAAAGAAUUCCUAAGUAUUUCUUGGAAGCAGUGUAUGGUAUUCACAUUCAGACUAAAUCAGUAGAGGAAGGUGGUAACGGUGAAGUCCCUACCGCUCAAGAAUUACUUGUUGCAUAUGCUAGAGCCCGUGGUUAUAUGACACAAGGUUUUGGUGCUGCAGAUGAAUCUCGUGCCUCUCGUUACAUUCUAAAAGAUUAUGUCAAUGGUAAGCUUCUAUACAUCAACCCACCACCUCAUAUGGACGAUGAGACACCUUACACUAGAGAAGAAUGUAAGGAAUUCAACAAGGAUCUAUAUACGUUUGAUAAAUUGCCUCUCAACAGGCAAGAGCAGUUAGCAGAGGCUGCAAAGAACAAAGGUAUACAAGAACUUGAUUUGGCCCGUGAUCUAAGUCAGUUAACAUUUUCGGCGCACAUAGGUGGUGAUGGUGACAAGUUACAAGCAAAAUCCGUUAACCAUGGUGGUAAACAAGCUGCUUUAUACAAUGCUGCAGAUGAGCUCGAUAAGAACUUCUUCCAUCUUAACAGUGUACAAGGAAAACUAACGAAUCCUUUCCAUAAACAAAGCCUUAACAGUGGAAACGGUAAGAAACAUAAUAAGAAGAACAAAAAGGGUAAGAAGAAGGCCGCUAUGUAUGCUGAUUAG